AUGGCUGCAGCAAGUAGCUCUGCGCGUUUUGUUAUCCAGCAGACAAGCGGUGCUUGUGUUCGCAGUGCUUCCAACAGCGCAGUGGUAGCACAUCGUUGUUUCUCCACCAACGCACAUCCGCUUCAUACGCGGUUGAUACCGGAGGCGAUAUCUCGGACGCGACUGGCACAAACAACCGGCUUCUUUCGACAUGUAAGCUCGUCGUCAUCUCGGAAAAGUAAGGAUGCGGAUCAAGAGAAAGACCGAUGGUCACGACACCGCUCGCAGUACAACUACGACCCUUUCAGCUUGCUCCCAGAAGCUAAACACUACACAUAUCCUCUCGUGACCGCUCAAGAGCUCGCAACGUCUCGUACAAAAGUGACAGGCCCCGGUGGUCGACCACGUGAGGUGCGCAUGUUGGCACGAGACUUUAUCCACGACAGCCUGUAUAACCCGGAGUAUGGGUAUUUCACCAAGCAGGCUGUUCUGCUCCCAGAUCCCCCCGCCGCCUCGGAAGCACAAGAAACACAAGCUGAAGCUUUCAGAGAGGUCGCUGGACAGUUGUAUAAGGAGGAAAUGGGACUGCUACGACCUGCUAACCCCGGCUUCGACUUUAACUCGAUCAAGAACGAAUCCGAAUUCAUGCGUCUCGUCGAAGAACGCUACCAACUGUUCGAAGAACAGAUCUCGAUCCUGGUGCAAGAACGGAAAGACACUCUGACGGCCAAGGCGAAAUCGCAAGAGUUCGAACAGAGUCUUGGAAAGGAACGACGCGAGCGUGCUGCAAAGCGAGCGUCGGCGUCGACGAAAGCUUCGCGCGCAGCGGCCGAGUACAGUGCGGCGGGUUUGGAAGAGGCACAACGACGCGGACGCGCGAUGCGACAGAGCGAAGGUGUACAGGAAAGCGAUGUACAAGCGAUGGCUGCCAAACAGGUGUGGCAUACGCCUACGCAGAUCUUCCAACCGUACUACGCGCACGCCAUAGCGAGAUACCUGGUGGCUGAGUACAAACUGCACAACUAUCCGUACGAUGAUCUGGUCGUGUACGAGCUUGGCGCUGGAUCAGGGGCUUUGGCGAGGGGCAUCUUGGAUUACCUGGAGCAGAAUGAGCCCGAGAUUUACACACGAACGCGCUACAAAAUCGUCGAGAUCUCAGCACGGUUAGCUGCGGAACAGAGGAGGAAGCUCGGUGGGCAUGUGGAGAGGAGUGAGGUUGUCAACCAGGAUAUUCUGACGUGGAAUCGCGGCGUGGUUCAGGAGCCGUGUUUCGUGAUUGCGCUGGAAGUGUUUGAUAAUCUGGCGCACGACGUGGUGCGGUUCUCGACCAAGGAUCUCACGCCGUACCAGGCGGUGGUGUCGAUCGAUGAUACCGGCGAUAUGCACGAGCUGUGGGAACCACUGAGCGAUGCACUGAUCCAGCAGUACCUCUCGAUCAUCGGCUCGUCGCUCUCGCCGCUCUCGGCGUCGUCGGGUGUGCUGCGCUUGCUACCGGAUCGACUACGUCGAGCCGUCGCUACCCAUGCGCCGUUCUUCCCGAACCUGACGCCACCCAUGUUUGUCCCCACCAACGCGCUCCGGUUGUUGCAACAACUGAAACGCAACUUCCCACAUCACCGACUCAUCAUGUCCGACUUUGACUCGCUCCCGGACUCGCUUCAAGGCAUCAAUGCGCCCGUCGUCCAAACGCGCUUCAACGGUUCCAUGAUCCCUGUGACAACCUACCUCGUCCUGCAGGGCUACUUUGACAUCUUCUUCCCGACCAACUUCGACCACCUGCGCAACGUAUAUCGCUACAUUUUCAAUCGUCACCCCACCCCCGGUAUACGCCAACACUUUUUCUCUUCCUCGCAUUUGUUUUCGUCCCCCCUCCACAGCUCCACGACAAACACGGACCGCAACCUGAAAAUCCUCUCCCACUCGGACUUCCUCCUCAGAUACGCACACACACAUGCCCUCCAGUUGAAAGACGGCACAAACCCGCUCCUCUCCUGGUACGCUAACGCGAGCUGGUUCCUCUCCUAG